GCCGAAUAUCCAACAAGGAGCGAGCCCAGUGGCCGCUGUCCUCGCCAGCGGAGUCACCGCCACCCUCCCCUUCCCUGCCCCCGUCGUUGGGCGUUUGAGCAAGACUGGUUUCGGUUCUCCCCGAGGACUUAUAAUCCUGGGGGAGUCACUGCAUUACUGGUAAUUGGUAUCUUCAUCUGACUAAUCAUGGCAACCCCCGAUGUGAGUGUCCACAUGGAGGAAGUGGUGGUUGUGACAACACCUGACAAUGCAGUUGACGGCAGUGGUGUGGAAGAAGUGAAAACUGUGUUGGUGACAACAAACUUGGCUCCUCAUGGAGGAGACCUUACAGAAGACAACAUGGAAACAGAAAAUGCAGCAGCUGCAGCCGCAGCUGCUUUCACAGCUUCUUCACAGCUGAAGGAAGCAGUAUUAGUGAAGAUGGCUGAAGAGGAGGAGAGUUUGGAGACUGAGAUUGUUUACCCCAUCACCUGUGGAGAUAGUAAAGCCAACUUGAUAUGGAGGAAGUUUGUCUGUCCUGGCAUUAAUGUCAAAUGUGUGCAGUAUGAUGAGCAUGUGAUCAGCCCUAAGGAGUUUGUCCAUUUGGCUGGCAAGUCAACUCUGAAGGACUGGAAAAGAGCAAUUCGCAUGAAUGGGAUCAUGCUCAGGAAGAUCAUGGAUUCUGGAGAGCUGGACUUUUAUCAACAUGACAAGGUCUGUUCCAACACCUGCCGCAGCACUAAAAUCGACUUGUCUGGUGCCAGAGUGGCUUUAAGUAGUCAGACAUCAACAGAAUACAUCCCUAUCACUCCUGCUUCUGCAGAUGUGAAUGGGUCUCCUGCUACAAUCACCAUAGAAACUUGUGAGGACACUGGUGACUGGACUACCACCAUUGGAGAUGAGACUUUUGCCUUUUGGCGAGGGUUGAAGGAUGCUGGUCUAUUAGAGGAAGUGAUUCAAGAGUUUCACCAGGAGCUGGUAGAGAUGAUGAAGGGAUUGCAGCAGCGGGUCCAGGAUCCUCCUUUACAACUUCGAGAUGCUGUUUUACUCAACAACAUUGUACAGAACUUUGGAAUGUUGGAUUUAGUGAAGAAAGUCCUGGCUAGUCACAAAUGCCAAAUGGACCGCUCCCGAGAACAGUAUACUCGAGAUUUGGCAGCUUUAGAGCAGCAGUGUGAUGAGCACCGGAAAAGAGCCAAGGAACUGAAGCAUAAAUCCCAACACCUGAAUAAUGUGCUAAUGACUUUGACCCCUGUCUCUCUUCCACCGCCCAUGAAACGUCCCCGACUUACGAGGGCUACAUCUGGGCCAGCUGCCAUAACCUCUCAAGUACUGACUCAGUCUGCACAGAUAGCCCUCACUCAAGGAGUACCAGUUUCUCAGCUUGCCAACCUGCCACUGAGCAAAGUGGUAUCUACUCUUCCAUCUACCAUAUUGGGGAAAAGUUCAACUCAAGUUUCUCCUGCUAGUUCCCCAGCCUCACCACUACUUGGGGGCUAUACUGUACUGGCUUCUUCAGGUUCUAAUUUCCCCAGCACUGUGGAGAUCCAUCCUGAUGCUUCCAACCUCACUGUACUCAGCACAGCAGCAAUGCAGGAUGGCAGCACUGUGGUUAAAGUGGUGAGCCCUUUCCAGCUGCUCACUUUGCCUGGCUUGGGCACCACCAUACAGAACGUAACACAGGUAUCUCCUAGUGGUAGUACAAUUGUGGCCGUGCCAUCUAGUGCUGUGGAGAGUGGGGCAACCUCAGAGGAGCAUACCACCAUUGAGGUAACCACAGUGUCAGAAGAUCAUGAUCAGAAGUAAAAAAAAAAAAUUUUUAAAAAGGAGGAGAUGGACCUGUAACAGAACACUUAAAAAUGGAUUGUGUCUUUGAGAGCUGCCUUUUCCCAGUCUGUGCUGCAGAUUAAGAAAAUGAGGGUAAAAAAGGUAGAAGGAAUCAAAACUUAGAGAUAACUUGGCUAAAGUGGGUAAUGGUGAGGCUGCUGAACCAAAGAGAGAAAGAGAGAGAGAGAAAACACCAAAAAAAAAAGUUAGAUGAAUUAUACCAACUUCUAAAAAGUUUUCAAGUACUAAACUUUUCUCCCCCUUUUUUCCUGGGAUAUGUAUUUUUCCAACUAUUGCUUAACAGCAUGGUUUCACAUUUAGAAAUAGCAGGAGAAUGACUAGCAAGAAGCAAGUCUAAGUAAAAUAACAGGGUGGAUGAAAAGUAGAGGAUGAAAAAGAUUGAAGAGAUAUUUGUGGAUGCGGACCUAAAGAACCUCAGGAAAACGUUGAUUCUCUAACAGUAACAUUGUAUGUCAAUUCUUGGGGUUUCAAUCCCAGGGUUUUCUGUCGCUUUCUUGUCAUUUCCUGUGAAGGUUAGUUUGGUUUACAGCAUAGGGUAUGUGGUAAAGUUCAGUUAAUGCAUUUUUGCACCAGAUGAGGUUUGUAUAAGACUUAGGAGCUUGGGGUGGCAAGUAUCUGCACAACUUGGUGCAAAUCAGUAGUCACAUGUGCCUGUUUUGUUUUUUUUUUUUUCCAAUUCUAGCCAAGUUCCUUGCCUGAGGUCUGAGAAGUGUUUAAGGGAAAAAAGGGACAAUAAUAAAGGUCUUGGGGACCAUACCCAAGUGUGGAAAAUCCAUGGAUCCUAUGGAUUUGGUGUCUUCCCACAGUUUUUCUGUAGGUUUUAAUUUGGAUAGUUUCCUUCCUCCCCCUUCCUUUUAUAAUUAUAUAUACAUUAUAUGUUUAUAUAAUGUAUAUGUGUACACACACAGGUCUGGGAGAAAACUUUAGAGGAAUCUUCAAGGUGCAGGUGAAUGAGUUCAAAGCAGGCCACAUUGAGACACAAACUUCCUCUCUCUGUCUCAAGGUGGGUACUGAGAGGGGAGAGGGCUUAAAAGGGGCCAAUAAAUGUGAAUAUUUUACCCCAAGGUAGGAAGAUUGAGCUAAUGAGUCAGUCUACUUGUCCAAUAUAUGAUCCUGACUAGGCCAGAUUAAACAAGUAGUUUGAAUAUUUCAAAAAGAAUCAUUUCAGCAUUCAGGGAAAGUUAAAUUUGUAGCAUUUUUAACAAAAGAAUGCUACGUAUAUAGGUUUCCUAAGAUGACUCUGGAGUUUGUAUGUUUUAUAUUUUUUAAAUGGCCUAGCAUUGUGUUAGCAUCUUUCUCAGAUAAUCUCAUGAGCUUAUCUGAACCAAUAUUGAAAAUUCUUGGGCUACUUUGCUUUUCUCUAUGCUAGUAGGACUUGGGGACCCUGUUCUGAGAAGAAGUAAGCAUGGGUUCUUAAUGGCCAUUACAACAGCUUGUAGGUUGUUUUCAAAAUUGUGUUAUAUUCACAUGUAGUAAAGAAGGAACCCUGGGAACUUAAGAAUACACCUAUCAUCUAGGAACCCAGUUAUGAUUAGGCUUUGCCCAGGUGUUGGGAUGCACCAAAUAGAUAGUAAAACAGUAACAGGUUACUGAGAAAUAUAACUGUAAGAUUUAGAUAACGGUAGGGAACUCAACUCUUUGUAAAUCUAUGAAUAAGGUACAUACAGUGAGUGUGUUAAAUGUUGUUACUGGGUUAUAGGAUUCUCAAAUUUAAACUUGGUGGUUACUAAAUGUUGCUCUCAUACCUCACACAUGCAGCUUUGUUAUCAUAGAUUUAUCCCAAGCAGCCACCAGUAUAGCCACUUUGUCAGACUUAGUCUGACUAGCUCUGCCACCUGAGCCUUCAACAACUGGAAGCCUGGUGUGUACAAAUCCUGCUUAAAUAGCAGAGUUGGAUGUGCCUAAGCAAUGGUUUUCCCUGGCCUGAAAGCACCUCUUUGGAUUUGCCAAUAACAUUUAAAUCAUGAAGUCCAGGUGGCUAGUCCUAAAAGUUUUAAACAGUAAAAAUAGAUGGCUGCAGAAAGAUCAUGUACAGUGAAGGUGUUUCCUGCUCUGGAUCUGGGUUUAGGAGGACCUUGCUCAUAGUCAGAGUGUAGUAAGGAAUCAAACCAUUGAAUUCAGCCCGAUUGUGAGGUCAUGAGCAACUUGCUAAGGUGUUCUGUGCUCAAAAACAUUGCUCAUGAGAUAACUCUAGAGCUGCCAGGGAAAGUGGUCUUAGAAUAAAGAAUCCAAGUUGCAUUCUGGGUCAAAGAAAGAGAAGAAAAAGUGAUUUUGCAGUAAUCAACUUUAAAGUUUCCCUUUUUUUUUAAUAAGGGAAAAAUUCUUUCCUAAAGACUAAGGACAUUUUCCUACAGGAAAAUAUCUUGCAGUAAUCUGGAAGAUGAAAGUGCCUGAGUCACAAUUUUAAUUAAAGUUACCAAUUUGGAAAUUCUUGGAUUUAAAUUUUUAUUUUUCAUAAUUUUCUGGCCUUUGUUGACUCUUAAAUUCCUUCUUCAAAUUGCCCCCUGACUUACUGGGAAAGACUGAUCAGCUCCAGUGUGUGUUCUUUCCAGCAGCCUCACAGCUUAUUCCAGGGAGCUUGGUGAUAAAGGAGGUUGAAAGCUGUCAGGUAUAAUUUCUUAAGAAAUAGAAGGAAGUGAAAAUAUUUAUUGAAGUGUUUUUUUUCUUAUACUUCUUUCUGGGAAUAGAGUGUGUCCUGUGUUGUAAGUUUACUUUACUAGGGCAGCUAAAACUCUACAAUCUCAUCAUUGGCCUAAAAUAUAUUUUUCUUUAUGUUUGUGCAUGCACGUGUACUUGUGUGUGCAUGUAUUUUGAAGGAAAUUUUGGCCAUAGCCCAAUUCCUGCCCUCAUAGACUAAUUAUGCCUUUGCUUAUAGGUCAAACCAGUUACAUUUGUUUCCUUUAACAGUCUUGCAGCCCAUUUAUUUCAUUGUCUGACUGGUGGCUAUUGUGGGGAUCCUUUUUCCUAAGUACAUCAGGGCAAUGUGAGGAGGCCAGUAGGUCACUCACUAUCUCUUUACUGUAUUUAAAGCCAUUAGAAAACUGACUUAAUUUAAUGUAGUGUGGCUUUGAGUGGAACUUAUUUUAAAUGCACCAUACAAUAUUCCAUCUUUGAAUUGAUUCAUACACAAAUCUAUUGUUUUUCCUAAGACAUUCCCACUUCUCAAUUGUGACUUUCAUCCAAUAUUGCUACUCUCUCACUGUGUCAAAUUACUGAAGCCCUGGUGUCCUCUCUGUUAAAUUUUGUUCACUUUUUUGUUGUGGGUCAUCUGGUUACAUACCAAUAUUGACUUAUUUAUAGAUACUCACUUUUAAAACAAUUUUUCCAUACUCAGUUAUGAGUCAUAUUACCUGUAGGAGUCUGAUUAUACUUGAUAUAAAUAUAGGGAAUUAAAAGGGAGUGGUGGUAUUGACUCAAAUUAUCUUAUACAUGAUGUAACAAACCUAAGUCCAAAGGCUAAAUGUUCCCCCAGUGCUGUAGGUUAAAGUAUACUUACUACUUUCAUUAAGCCCUGUAGCCUUACUAUGUUAGCAAUGGUUCAGCAGGCCAACCUAGCAACAGGUUUUUUCUGAUGCUUCUAGGAUCCUAUGCUGAUCUUGUCAAUGUUCUCAAUCUUGAAGGCUCUAUAUACUCAGUGAAUAUCAGACUUAUCAAUGGUCACCCUCAUAUUUUCCUUAAUGGGGUGCUGUUGGGAUAAGAAUCAUGUCACUAAUAAAAAAAAAUGGUUGUUAACCUUGGGAAAAGCCUUUCAUAUAGUUUUCUAUUUUAAAUACCUAAUUGCACCCUUCCCUUUUCAUGCAGUCUAUAAUAUCCAUAGUCCUUUCUAGCUCUAAAUCUAUGAUCCUAUGAUCUCUAAUAAAUGAAGCUAAAGGGCUAAAAUGGAGUAAGUGGGUCAGUUUCACUUCAUUUUCUUAAAGCAAGAGCAGGAAAUCUUUUUUACCCCUAUUUUGGCCUAUUGACCCAUGAGAGGAAAAUUCGGUUUCACAAUCUAGCACAAAUCAAAAGCAGCAAUUAAGUGCCACAAACAAAAUUCUAAAAUUUUGUUGCUCAUUGUUAGCAUGUUCUUAACUUCUAGCUCAUGGUUUUGCUAACCCUGUUUCCUCACUGCACCACCAGUACAUUGUAAGAGUUGAUAAACCACAAAAGCACUAAAAAGUGCUUUUCUAAAAGUGCAUUUUUGAAGACCUGUAUUUUUUUUUUUUUAAGACUUGCCACUGGCUAGAUAAAGUCAAGCAGAAAAAGACAGCCUCAGACCUUUGGGCCAUAGUCUUAGGGGAUAAUGCUGCCCGUUUAAGUUUCCAACAUAAUUAGAAAAUGGUUUUAAAGGGGGGAGGAUUUUUUUUUUAAAAUGUGUGAAGGUAUGGAUCCAUUUGUUCUUUACAAUGAUCUUUGAGCCCUGUCAGUAGUGACUCCUUUGUUAACUUUUAGUAUUCAUUGCACCUAAUAAAAGCUGACUUCAACUGAA